AUGGCUAGCUGGGUUUUAACAGAAUGUGGCCUAAGACCCCUCCCUAGAAUCUACCCUCAAAACAGAACUGGCUUAACAUCAAAAACUACAAAUCUUUUAAAGCUGAGACAACCGCCAGUCUCCAAAAGUUACAAUCUUGGCUCUUCUGUCAAGGUCUCGAGUUGGUCUAGACAGAGAAACUGGGCAUUAAAUGUUGCUGUUCCGGUUAGUGUUCCAGUAAGUCAAGAGGAAGAUAAAGAAAGAGAAACCGUUAAUAGUGUUAACGAACAGGAAGGUGAAUUUUUUGACCCUGGUACUCCACCACCUUUCAAUUUAGCUGAUAUAAGAGCUGCUAUACCAAAACAUUGUUGGGUUAAAAAUCCAUGGAGAUCAAUGAGCUAUGUCGUGAGAGAUGUUGCUGUGGUUUUUGGAUUGGCUGCUGUUGCUACAUACUUAAACAAUUGGAUUGUUUGGCCUCUUUACUGGUUUGCUCAGGGAACCAUGUUUUGGGCUCUCUUUGUUCUUGGCCAUGAUUGUGGUCAUGGGAGCUUCUCAAAUAAUCCAAAGCUGAAUAGUGUAUUGGGUCAUCUUCUUCAUUCUUCAAUCCUUGUUCCUUAUCAUGGAUGGAGAAUUAGUCACAGAACCCAUCAUCAAAACCAUGGACAUGUUGAGAAGGACGAAUCAUGGCAUCCAUUGCCUGAGAAAAUUUACAGGAGUUUGGAUAAUGCCACAAGAACAUUGAGAUUCACUUUGCCUUUCCCUAUGCUUGCUUACCCUGUCUAUCUGUGGGGUAGAAGUCCAGGAAAGAAGGGAUCUCAUUUCCAUCCUGGCAGUGAUUUGUUUGUCCCAGUUGAGAGGAAAGAUGUUAUUACCUCAACUGCCUGUUGGACUGCAAUGGCAGCAUUGCUUGUUUGUUUAAACUUUGUAAUGGGACCUGUCCAAAUGCUUAAACUCUAUGGCAUUCCCUAUUGGAUUUUUGUUAUGUGGUUGGACUUGGUCACUUACUUGCACCACCAUGGUCAUGAUGAGAAACUUCCUUGGUAUCGUGGAAAGGAAUGGAGCUAUCUGAGAGGAGGCCUUACGACACUUGACCGUGACUAUGGUUGGAUCAACAACAUCCACCACGAUAUUGGGACCCAUGUCAUCCAUCAUCUCUUCCCUCAAAUCCCGCACUACCACUUAGUUGAAGCAACAGAAGCAGCUAAGCCUGUACUCGGGAAGUAUUACCGAGAACCAAAGAAAUCUGGAACUCUUCCAUUCCACUUAUUGGGAACACUUCUAAGAAGCAUGAAACAAGAUCACUAUGUUAGUGACACUGGGGAUGUUUUAUAUUAUCAAACGGAUCCCAAGCUCAAUGCAGUAGAGAAAAUAGAGUGA